AUGAUAAAACUGUUUAAAGGUACUGAUAGUGAUAACGGAGCGCCAGUCUUUUGCAAAAUUGAAAGCAAAUGGCUUUUUACAGGGGUGUCCGUUGUGAGGAAAGGGUGUCAAAAGAAGGAUAUUUUGAUUCUUACACUAUCACACGUUAGUCGGUCAAUAUCAAAGGCUCUCAAAGAAGAACAGGAGACAUGUGUAAAUCAGGAUUGUGUGCUUGCAGCUGCACAGCUAAUGAAAUCAAUAGAUACAGAUAUUGAUCCGUGCGAUAAUUUCUAUAAGUUUGCCUGUGGCAAAUAUAUCACAAUGACCCCAAUUCCAGUUCACCAACAGUUGCACACACCUUCAGCUGAUAUACAAGAAGAUAUACGAAUGAUUAUAAAAUAUGAAUUAGAAGAGCCGAAUAAACCAAGUGAAAUUGAAGCUGUAACCAAAGCGAAGGGAUUUUACGAAGCCUGCAUGAACUCAGAGGCAAUUGAAAGAGAGGGAAAUGUUCCCUUGCAUAAACUAAUGGAAGACUUAGGAGGACUUCCAGUGUUGGGAUCGGCAUCAGGUGGAAAAUGGAAUCAAAAUGCUUACUCUUUUGAAGAUCUCAUCGUCAAGUCUUUUCAAGUGACAGAUUCCGUACCGAUAUUUUAUAUUCAUUUAGAUGAUGUUAAUUUGGUCGGCCAAGAAAAAUACCGGCUAAACUUUGAUCAACCGACUCUUAAUCUACCACGACAACUAUAUCUUCAAGGAAAGGAACAGCCGGCUUUAAUUGCGCUCAAAACGUAUUACCAAGAGCUAUUUCAAGCGUUUGGGGCAAAUGCAUCCGCAGCCGAGGAAUUCGCUGAAAAGACCUUAGAUCUUGAAAUUGACCUUGCAAACAUAAGUUCGGACACUCCGUAUAAAUCGUCGGUUAUAAAAAUUGUUCCCGUCAGUAUCCUUCAGGAACUUGGAGCAACGGUAGGAAUAUUUUGUUUUGCAAUAAGCUAUAUUUAUAAAUAACCUGAACAUACUUUUUGCAAUUUUUAUUCAGCUCGUGUACUCUUAUUGUAUUUAUCUUUU